AUCUCACAUAACACCAUGGACUCCCGGGCACUCUUCGUUGUUCUCUUUGUCACGACUCUUGUUUCUGCCAAAGAAACGAAGAUUGCCAAUAAGGACAAGAGAGGUUUAUACGGAGCCAGUUUGGGCUACGGUGGAGGAUAUGGUUCAGCCAGCCUCAAUAGUCUUGGAUCUAGCCUUCCCAUUGGUUCAUCCAGUGCCGUGGACACAUCUAGCCUCGCUUUGGGAUCUUCGGGUGCCGUUGCAUCUCCUAGCCUCGCUCUAGGGUCUUUUGUUGGAUCUCCUAGCCUCAUAGGCUCCAGUUCAGUUGGAGCCCCUUCAAUCAUCUCCCGUCACAUCACUGUUACAAACAGGAUCGCAGUUCCAGUCGCCCAACCGUACCCUGUCACUGUCGAGAGAACAGUCGCGGUACCAGUUCCUCACCCUGUACAAGUCCCCGUGGAUCGUCCCUACCCCGUUCCAGUUCCUCAUCCAGUAGCCGUUCCCGUCGAGAAGCCUGUCGCCGUUCCCGUUGAUAAACCAGUUCCUUACGCUGUUCCACACCCGGUAGCCGUUCCCGUUCCGAGACCAGUUGCGGUACCUGUUCCCAAACCCGUUGCAGUUCCUGUGUAUAAGAACGUAGCUGUUCCUGUACCACACCCUGUUCCUGUUUAUAAGCACGUAGCUGUUUCUGUACCGCAACCUAUUAUUCACAAGUCUCUUUUCGUUGGAAAUCUUGGCCAAGCGUCUGUUUCGUCACUUCCCGCUACAACCUUGAACGUUGGAGGAUAUGGUGGCUCUUUACACGGUGGCUCCCUGUACGGUGGCUCACUUUACAGUGGCUCACUACACGGUGGCUCCCUAUACGGUGGCUCAACCCACAGUGGCUCAACAUACAGUGGCUCCCUACACAGCUCCCUCAACCUAGCAGACCACUCGUGGUAGACUGAAGGAGAGGGAGGAACGAUUGUCUAGUCCAGAUUGAAGCCAUCUCAUUGUUUAGUAUCUACAUAUUGUACAUUUAUAUAUUUUUUUAUAAAUAAAUAUAUCUUUUAUAUUUA